AUGCCAUUGAAGGUGUCUGGACUUGUGGAUGUUAUUCGUGUAGCAUGUCCAGAAUAUGAGUUCCCUUUCAUGCCGCUGGUUUUGCGCUUAGUGAGACUCACCUGCACGCUUAGUGCACUGGCCAGCAGCUUAAUCCGCUGUCCCUCCGCCCCCAGGGCCUGGAAGGAGGUCCUAGGGGCGGUUCCAGGAGCUAGAGAAGCAUUGGCUACCGCCUCCGUGACGUCACGGGGCUCUCUGAGAGAACCCCGAGCCCCGGCGGCGCGGGCUGCAUUGUCCCUCACGUUGCUUCAGGCUUACGUUGUUGCCUUGUUACCUGGCUCCGUGUCACGUCGGGGUCAGGGCCAGAGCCGGAGUCGAGGCCGGGCCAGGGCGCAGCCGCAGCCGACAUUGGGGGCCGUUGCCCCCUCUGGGCCUGCUGCCGCCGCCAACAUGGUGUCCCCGGUCACUGUGGUCAAGAGUGAAGGGCCCAAACUGGUCCCUUUCUUCAAGGCCACUUGCAUCUACUUUGUGCUGUGGCUGCCAGCCUCCAACCCCUCCUGGUUCAGCGCUCUCAUCAAAUGCUUGCCUAUCUUCUGCCUCUGGCUGUUCCUGCUGGCCCAUGGAUUUGGCUUCCUGCUCGCCAACCCCAGCGCCACCCGAAUCUUCGCAGGGCUCGUCUUCUCUUCAGUGGGUGAUGCCUUCCUCAUCUGGCAGGACCAGGGCUACUUCGUGCAUGGACUGCUGAUGUUUGCAGUGACCCACAUACUGUAUGCUUCAGCCUUUGGCAUGCAGCCCCUGGCCCUGCGGAAAGGCCUAGUGAUGGCAGUGCUGUCCGGACUCUGCUAUGCCCUCCUCUACCCCCAUCUGUCAGGCCCUUACAUCUACCUAGUGGGAGCCUACGUGGCCCUCAUUGGCUUCAUGGGCUGGAGGGCCGUGGCAGGCCUGCAACUGGUCGGGGCACACUGGCGCUGGACAGAGCUGGCUGCAGGCAGUGGAGCCCUUUUCUUCAUCAUCUCUGACUUGACCAUUGCCAUCAACAAGUUCUGCUUCCCUGUCCCCUACUCCCGAGCCAUCAUCAUGGCCACAUAUUAUGCUGCCCAGAUGCUCAUCGCACUUUCUGUUGUAGAGAGCCGAGACCUGGCUGGGGACUUGGGAAUGAGCAAGGUGGACUGAGCUGGGUGGGGGGCCAGGGUCUGUGCUAACCCAAAGCCCUUCUGCCCUCUUUCCCCCUCUUCCCAGCAGUGGGUCCCAGGCCUCAGGGGUUUUCAGGAAUGGGGCAGAAUAUAUGGAGUUCCAUCCCUGGACUGUGACGAGUGCUGAAAUGGGCUUUGAUUCUGGGUAUCACCAGGGAAGGUGAUCUUUGCCAGCUUAAGCUUUGGAGAUGAGGCCCAGAAUCGGGUCAGAAGAGAAAAAUGGCCCUAGGUGCUUUGGAGUGGGAUGGAAAUGGAGAUUUCUCUCCUCCUCAGGCCUCUGUGGGUCUUAGCUCUUUUUUUUUCCCCCUCUGGCAUGGGGCAGGAAGAAUGGUAAGCUUACAACUCUGUCCCCUACCCAGCAUAGAUGACUUGGGAACAUGUGGAGACUCCCCACCUCUUCUGACACUUCCUGGAAUCCAGCAUGAAUAGAGAAGAGGAAUUCUGUGGGGAGAGAAAGUCUGGGGAUGGUGCUAACCUCCUCCUAGUUUAGGUCACUCUUGAGGAGGUGGUAGGCUUGUCUUAAUGCUGGCGGCCCUCAGGCUGCAUCCUUUAUACUUGAACAAGUUAUUGGGGGAAGACCCUCGGUCUAGGGAAGGAGUUUGCUCUGGUCUGAAUUCUUCCUGGUGCUCUUUCAAGGCUGUUUUCCCUGUUGCCACCAGAGGCAGGAUUUGAACUCAUGACUCGGUGAUUCCACUCCACCUGGCUUGCCUCUUUCCCUAGCCAGGUAGCAGCUCAUUUUAUGGGGGAGUAGGAUGGGGCAGGGAGGAGGCACCCCAACAAUUUCAUGGCCUUAGCAGUAGGGAGAGCAGUCCGGCUCUCCCAACCUCAAGCCAUCUUCUCCUCUGCUGGAGAAACUGAGGGUUCCCUGCCUUCUCAGGUGGGACCCAGAAGCAGGGCUUGGGCUUCCCUUUCUACUGCUGUCAGGAGCAGAGUGGCUUGUGUGUGCUGGCGCAGGACAGACAGCAGUCAAAGGAAGGGAUUUCUAUCCUCCCUGAGUUCCCUCUGACAGCACCCUGUUUCUGGGGCAGCAACAUUACCAGUUACCUUUCUCCAGGGCUUGUCCAAGCUGUAAUCUGGAGCAGAGUGCUUGGGACUCCCCUUUCCGCUUCUUGUUUCCCUGCCCUGUCCCCAAUAGGCUUUCCUUCCUGCCUCUCUUGUGGGCAGAUGGGGAACUAAGCCCCAGUGACCCAAAGGAAUCCAUUUACUGAGGCACAUUCAAUGCAAAUGGGUAGGGGAAGGGUGGAACCGCUGCUGUCUCCAUUGUAUGGAAAACAAUAAAACCAGGGGCCUUGUGUCCAUCCUGCUCUG